CUUCGUAUCAUAUAAUAUAAAUACGACGCGCUGAAACCAUUCAACUAAACCCAACGUUCUUCUUCACUACCAAACCAAAAACAAAAUUGCUACCAUUUUCUCUCAACUCAAAAGCUUCAUUUCAACCUCAUAAUCACUUUCUCGGUGUUUGUGUAUUUGCUUGAAAUAGAAGAAGAUGAGUAACCCAAGGAAGAGGAAUUUUCGCAUUGAGGGUUUUAAGCAUGGGGUUGUAAUGGAUCCGCAGUAUGGUGAUAAAACUUGGAUCAUACUGGAGAAUGCUAUUCAUCAGAUUUAUAAUCACAAUGCUAGUGGACUUAGCUUUGAAGAGCUUUACAGGAAUGCUUACAAUAUGGUUCUUCACAAAUUUGGCGAGAGGCUAUACUCUGGGCUGGUUGCCACCAUGACUUCUCAUCUCCAAGAGAUGGCUAGAUCUGUUGAAGCCACUCAAGGAAGUUCCUUUCUGGUAGAAUUAAACAGAAUGUGGGAAGAUCACAAUAAGGCAUUACAAAUGAUUAGAGACAUUCUGAUGUACAUGGACAGGACUUAUAUCCAAACCAUCAAGAAGACAACUGUUUAUGAACUUGGUCUGAACCUGUGGAGAGAAAAUGUUCUUCAUUCAAACCAGAUAAGGACUCGACUGUUGAAUAUGCUUUUGGAAUUAGUACGCAGUGAGCGUGCCGGCGAAGUUGUUAAUAGAGGACUGAUUAGAAGUAUAACAAAGAUGCUAAUUGAUACAGGUCCUUCCGUUUAUGGGGAAGAAUUUGAGAAUCCUUUUCUGCUAGCUUCAACUGAGUUCUAUCGGGCUGAAUCACAGAUAUUUAUUGAGUGCUGUGGUUCUGGGGAUUAUCUCAAGAAGGCUGAGAUGCAUCUGAAUGAGGAACUUGAUAGAGUGAGCCACUACUUGGACCCUAGCACUGAAACGAAGAUUACUACUCUGGUGGAGAAGGAGAUGCUCGAAAAUCACAUGCUUAGAUUAAUCUAUAAGGAGACUUCUGGGUUAGUAAACAUGCUUGGUGAUGAUAAAUAUGAAGAUUUGGGUAGGAUGUAUAACUUGUUCAGUCGUGUCACCGAUGGUCUCUUGAAAAUACGUGAAGUGAUGACUUCAUACGUCAAAGACCACGGUAAGCAGCUUGUUACUGAUCCUGAAAGGUUGAAGGAUCCUGUUGAAUUUGUGCAGAGGCUCUCAGAUGUGAAAGAUAAAUUCAACAAGAUUAUAGAUUUGGCAUUUAGUAAUGACAAGUUGUUCAUGAAAGAUCUGAAUUCCUCAUUUGAAUUUUUCAUGAACUUGAAUCCUCGUAUUCCAGAGUACAUUUCACUCUUUGUAGACGAUAAGCUUCGAAAAGGUCUAAAGGGAGUUAGUGAGGAUGUUGUAGAGAUUAUCCUUGACAAGGUUAUGGUUCUAUUCCGGUAUUUGCAGGAAAAAGAUGUGUUUGAGAAGUAUUACAAGCAGCACCUUGCAAAGCGGCUUUUGUCUGGAAAAACAGUUUCUGAUGAUGCUGAGAGGAGUCUCAUAGUUAAGCUGAAGACAGAAUGUGGAUUCCAAUUUACCGCAAAAUUAGAGGGCAUGUUUACAGACAUGAAAACAUCUGUAGACACGAUGAAGAGCUUUAAUGCUACCCACCCUGAGUUAGGUGAUGGUCCUACACUUACUGUGCAGGUUCUGACAACAGGGUCUUGGCCAGCUCAAUCUAGUGUGACAUGUAACCUUCCGACAGAAAUGUCAGCACUUUGUGAGAAAUUUCGGUCAUAUUACCUCAGCACCCAUAAUGGCAGGAAAUUGACGUGGCAAACUAAUAUGGGCACAGCAGACUUAAAAGCUACUUUUGGGAGUGGUCAGAAACAUGAGUUAAAUGUCUCCACCUAUCAAAUGUGUAUACUCAUGCUGUUUAAUAAUGCUGAUAGACUAAGCUACAGGGAAAUUGAGCAAGCAACCGAGAUUCCAGCUUCAGAUUUGAAGAGGUGCCUGCAAUCUUUGGCUUUGGUUAAGGGAAGAAAUGUCCUUAGGAAGGAGCCUAUGGGUAAAGAUGUUAGCGAGGAUGACACAUUCUAUGUUAAUGACAGAUUUAGCAGUAAACUGUAUAAGAUAAAAAUAGGAACUGUUGUUGCACAAAAGGAAUCGGAACUGGAGAAACUGGACACUCGACAAAAAGUGGAGGAGGAUCGGAAGCCCCAGAUUGAAGCAGCAAUAGUGAGGAUUAUGAAAUCCAGGAAGCAACUUGAGCACAACAAUCUUAUGGCUGAGGUCACGCAGCAGUUGCAGUCGCGAUUCCUUACAAAUCCAACGGAUGUAAAGAAACGGAUUGAGUCUCUCCUUGAGCGGGAAUUUUUGGAAAGAGAUCCUGUUGACAGAAAACUGUAUCGAUAUCUUGCCUAGAAUUGAAUAACAUACGGUAACAACCUGUGUCUCAACCACAGUGAAUAGAAGCUAGUAGGAUUUACUUCGAGUGUUCAAGAAGUUAGUACUUGGUGUCUUGUUCCCUUACUCCCCCCUCAUACAAAGCCAUUGGCAACAUAAAUAAAUUCAAAUUCAGACUUGUUGUGCAAAGGGAUUCAAUCAGGAACUUGGAUAUAAUUUUAUUUCACAUUUUUCCUUAGAUGUGAAACCUUCAACAAGCCAGUGAUUUUUACUUUGCCUAUCACUCACCUCAAAUGGGAUAUCCAUCAAAUAGAUGUGAACAAUGUUUUCCUAAAUUGUUUAUGACUAGAAGAUCACAUGUAAUAUAGUAAUCAAAAGCAAUUGGCAUAAAUGUGAAUUAAUGAUUGAUU